UCUGUGAGAUAUUUCUUACGAGCACUGCUGUGUUGUUCAUGGCGUUGCAGUAGGUGUUUUAAGAUAGCGGUUGUUAGUUGAGUGGUGCUGUUUGAGUUACUAGGAAGGUUGGGUGGCAGGGUAUUUAAGUCUUUAUCAAGCGUAGAAUAAAUUCACUUGUUUAACGCAUAUUCCCUUACAGCUUUAGGGUAUUUACUUACUUUAACUGAGAAGAAUGGCAAUUCACAUUAAGGAUUGGAAAGAAUUUGAUACCAAGAUUAAAGAAGCGGGUGAUGCCCUGGUUGUGAUAGACUUCUUUGCAAAGUGGUGUGGUCCAUGUAAAGUUAUUGGACCCAAAAUUGAGGAACUUGCUACAGAGAAUCCAGGUGUUGUUUUCCUUAAGGUAGAUGUAGACGAAUGUGAGGACCUAGCUUCUCAUUAUGAAAUCUCUGCAAUGCCCACAUUUGUUUUUGUGAAGAACCAGGAGAAGCUUGAUGCCUUUUCUGGUGCAAACGCUGAUACGCUGAAAGAGUACAUAACCAAGUAUAAGUAAUUUUUCUACAAGUAGCAGAAGUAUUCACAUUAAGAAAAUGAAGCUAAUGUACCAAUUUGUUGUCUGUUUUAAGCACGUAAUAAAUUAGUUUUUAAACCACAUUCUUCAUGCAACAAAUUAACAGAUUAGGCAGUGAUGUUAAAGCAUAGCUGUGUCGUGUGUUUCUUCAUGUAGUGUAAUUACUUAUUUGGCAUAUUGGGUAAAUACAGAAAUUUGCAUAUUUAUGAUGUAUAUAAUUGAAAUAUUCAAAAUAUUUAAUUUCAUCCUCUGAACAAAAGAAAGUUCCUGGUAGUUGGAAAAUUGAUUUUCACAUGCUUUGUAAUUUAACUGCUUUAUUAUUGAUUAUGUUGUGUGACGUAUCCUUUCUUGUUUGCCACCGUCUCUGACCAUGUUGUCUCAUAUUUGUGUACAUUUAUUGUCAUUUUCUUUGAUGGAACAUUGAAAUUAUUACAGUAUAAAGGGAGAGUCUGUAACAAAACUUAUGCAGAGUAUACGAUCUGGGUUUGCAAGCCGACUGCUUAAAAUUUUUCCAAAAAAAGAACAUUGUGGAAAUGAGAAUGGUGAUAAACAGAUUUUUUUUAUCACUUAUCUUUGUUAGGUGUAAUAAAAAGUAAUUGAUAAGAUAGUGGGUUUCAGUUGUAUCACACAGCAGUGAAUGUGUUAAUAUUUGGUGAAGUCAAAGUGUAUUAAUAGAAUUCUUUUUUGGGGGUGGGUCCUUUUUCCUCUUUAUCUGUAAUUGAUGUUACAGUGAGCCUAGCAGAGAAAUAUAAAACCAGUCUUGGUCAGUUGAUACAUUGAAAUUUGAAGCUUCAUUUUAAUAUGUACUGUCAUUAGUAAUCUGCUGAUUUAUGUAAUGUGAUGGCAUGCAUCAUGUCACGUUCCUAAUAUUAGAAAUUAAAGGAACGUGCUGUGACAGAAGAUCUUCAGAUAAUGACAGUUUGGUUAGAGUUGUCGCUGGUUUUAUUUUACUUUUUCUUAUUUGUUCUUUGGCAUACAUGCAUAUGGUAUUUACUUCAGAAUGUUAUAUACCUGAGACCUGUACAAAUUUCUUGGUGUGUUCCUGUAGCUGACUGAAAGGAUAACAUAACAUUUUAUGCCCUUCUCUGAAAUAUUCGAUAUGUGUAUAAAUUAGAUUUUUAAAUCUUCAGUACAGCUUGAUUAUAUUCUUUACGCGUUUCACGGUUUGUGUAAUGUUCAAAAUUUCAAAGACUUUUAUUUUUAUAAUACUGUUUUAUUCUGAGUUCAUUGAUAAAAUUUGUGGUUGUAGUUUUGAAGUUAUAAUUCCAGCUUGGUCUGACCACCGUGCGGCCAUUAUUGCUUUCCGUAUUUUAGGUGGUGUGUAAGUAUUGCUUGUUUUUGCUUCAAACCUUUAUUAAAAAUGGAAUGGUUACUUAUAAAUUUUGUGUAAUGAAAGGAUGAUCAUCACAAUAUUGUCAGAUUAAAAUAUGUUUGAGUAUGCAAUAACUCAUUAACUCUGUUAAAUUUGAUGUUUGCAUAUAUCAGAAUAUAAUAUUAAAGAAUGCAAUAAGGAAGAUCAGCCAUAUAUAUAUUUUUUUAUAGAGGACAAAACUUACUAAGCUGGUAGAAGUCGUCAUCAAAUAUCGUACAAAGUUUUGCAAAUAAUUUGUCAUAGCUGCUUUAGCAGUUCGCAUUUACAUCAGAGUGUACGUAGGAAAUACUUUUAAUCAAUGUUUAUGAUGCUUUAUAGUUAUACUAAAAGAGAGGAGUUGAAUGGGUUAUAGCAUACUCUUGUAUUGUAACUAAUUAUUUUAUGGCAUUAGAAGGUUCAAGUCAUUCCACACUUUUAAGUGUAAAUUAACUUUGCUAUGCGUGACAGUAUCUCAAAAAUGUUAUCCUUAUAAUACUUUGAAUUGUUUAUGAAUAAUGAAUCUUAUACUCAUGCCUGCUAAUCUUAAAACUUUGCAUACCGUGUAGUGUAUUAGAAUAUAAAAUAAGUAAACAAACUAUUAACACUUUAAAUGACAGUAGUGUCAUUUAUAGUGUUAAUAGUUUGUUUGCUUAUUUUACAUGUCUGCUAAUUAUCUACUAUUUGGAAAGAUGGUAUCUUUAUAUAUAUGUAGUUGUAAUUAUAUGUAAAAGAAUAAUUUUGAUAUGGCUUCAUUUUAUUUACUUGUGAAAUUCAACUGUUUAAAAUAUUUGUAAAAAUACGUGCCUACAAGAACGCGUUUAUAAGGAUGCAAAUUAGGGUUUUCCCAAAUAGUUGUAUUGCUUUUGUAAGGUUCACAUAUUUUUUUAAACAUGAAAAAAUAAUAAAAUUGAUUCAGUUUAAUUUA